AUCGGGUCGGUUCAGCACCACGGACAGCGGCCGGUAGGAAUGAGGCGAUGAGAUGAUCCGGACCGGGAUGGCCCCCCUCCUGGCGGCCCUGUACCUCCUGCUGGGGCUGCUGCCAGGCUGCCUGGGGACGGACACAGAGGAGCGCCUGGUGGAACAUCUUCUGGACCCUUCUCGCUACAACAAACUUAUCCGCCCGGCAACAAAUGGCUCAGAGCAAGUCACCGUUCAACUAAUGGUCUCAUUGGCCCAACUCAUCAGCGUGCAUGAGCGGGAGCAGAUUAUGACAACUAAUGUCUGGCUGACUCAGGAGUGGGAGGAUUACAGACUCACCUGGGACCCAGCGGAGUUUGAUGACAUGAAGAAAGUCCGACUCCCAUCCAAGCAUAUUUGGCUCCCCGAUGUCGUGCUGUACAACAAUGCCGACGGGAUGUACGAGGUGUCGUUCUACUCCAACGCGGUGGUGUCCCACGACGGCAGCAUAUUCUGGUUGCCCCCUGCCAUAUACAAGAGCGCCUGCAAGAUUGAAGUCAAGCACUUCCCCUUUGACCAGCAGAACUGCACCAUGAAGUUCCGCUCUUGGACGUACGACCGCACAGAGCUGGACCUGGUGCUGAGGAGCGACGUGGCCAGCCUCGACGACUUCACGCCCAGCGGCGAGUGGGACAUCAUCGCCCUUCCCGGACGGAGGAACGAGAAUCCCAACGACUCCACCUACGUGGACAUCACCUACGACUUCAUUAUCCGGCGCAAACCCCUCUUCUACACCAUCAACCUCAUCAUUCCCUGCAUCCUCAUCACCUCAUUGGCCAUCCUAGUCUUCUACUUGCCCUCGGACUGUGGGGAGAAAAUGACUCUGUGUAUCUCGGUGCUUCUGGCUCUCACUGUAUUCCUGCUCCUUAUAUCCAAGAUCGUACCCCCCACUUCUCUGGAUGUGCCACUAGUGGGCAAGUACCUGAUGUUUACUAUGGUCCUGGUGACAUUUUCCAUCGUGACCAGUGUCUGCGUAUUGAACGUGCACCACCGCUCCCCAACCACACACACUAUGCCACCCUGGGUGAAGGUAGUCUUCCUGGAUAAGCUGCCCACCUUACUCUUUAUGAAGCAGCCCAGGCAGAACUGUGCCCGCCAACGGUUACGCCAGCAGAGGCAAAGCCAGGAGAGGGCUGCCGGUAGCUUCUUCCUCCGGGACGGCGCCAGGUCCUGCACCUGUUAUGUUAACCAAGCCUCGGUGAAAAAGUACGGAGCCCAGCUUUCCGAGCUCCCCGAAGGAGUCAACGGCUUCCGGGACAGACAGGGCAAGGUGCGCCAGUGUCUGUGCGGCCUGCAGGAAGCGGUGGACGGAGUGCGUUUCAUCGCCGACCACAUGAAGAGCGAAGAUGAUGAUCAGAGCGUGAGCGAGGACUGGAAAUACGUGGCCAUGGUUAUCGACCGCCUCUUCCUGUGGAUCUUCGUGUUCGUCUGCGUUUUCGGGACGAUCGGCAUGUUCCUGCAGCCGCUGUUUCAGAACUACACGACCAAUGCGUUGGUACAUAUGAACCACGCGGCCAACUGAGAAACAUUGAGGGCCCUCAGACCUGGUCGCUGGCCCAAAUCUACCUUAGAGAUUAUUCCCACCCACCCCCGUCCCCAACACAGUGAAGAAAUCCUGGUGGAACCUGGGAAUAGCUCACCCCUCCCUUCACCACUGAAUUAGUACAAAUUUGGGGAACUUAUUCCUCUGCACACGUUUAUUGACCCAGCAAGUUCCAGAAUCCAGGUGAGAGGGGUCCAUGCGAAUUGAACCCCCCCUACAGACUCUUAUAUUAAUCUCAAGCAAUAAAGAUGAGCUUCUGGAUCUGC